AAAGCCCAACCGCAAAGUCUCAACGUUUUAUGGCGAUUAGAGUCUCUCCACGAAUCCUCCGAAACAAAAAUUUGAACCACAUCAGAAUUUUGAAUUCUUCGGCUCCAGCUUCCAUCAUUGGCUCUGUUUCGCAAGACAAUGACACUGUGAUUCUGAAUUCAUUAUUAUCAUCAUCAUCAUUACCAUCUCCAACAUCGCUAUUGAAUUUGGAAGAUGAUGAGAAGUUGUUUUCUUCGCUUUCGAGCUUUCAGUUGAUGAGAUCAUCUCUGAACCUUCAUUUGGCUGCAUUUGAUCCUAUUGUGGAUUUGGGUAUCUGGGUAAUGAAGUCUAGGUUCCUGAAGUCUAAUAUCUGCAAUAAACUUGUAUUGAAGAUUGUAAAGCAUUCAUUUUAUGAACAUUUUUGUGCCGGCGAGAACUUAGAAGAAGCUAGUCGGACUCUUCAGAAGCUUUGGGAUGAUGGGUUGAGAGGUAUUUUGGAUUAUGGUUUGGAAGAUGCCAUUGAUAACCAAUCCUGUGAUCGUAACUUGGUUGAGUUCCUUAAGACGGUUGACUCUAUCAAGUUGCUUCCACCUUCUUCAGUGAGUUUUGCUUGCGUGAAGAUCACUGCAAUUUGUCCUAUAAAGCUACUUGAAAAAGUAAGUGAUUUAUUGAGAUGGGAAGUACAAGACUCUUCCUUUCAUCUUCCAUGGAAAGUGGAUACAUUGCCAAUCCUCACCCCUUCUAGCCCUCUCUAUCAUACCCUCAAAAGACCGGACCCUCUUACAACAGAAGAGGAACAAGAUCUCCAACUAGCACACCAAAGAUUGAAUAAGCUAUGUGAAAAAUGCCUUGAGAACAAUGUACCAUUACUGGUCGACGCAGAAUACACAUUAGUUGAACCUGCAAUCGACUACUUAACUUACUCAGCUGCUAUCAAGUUCAACAUGGACAACAAUGUGAUGGUUUUUGGGACAAUUCAAGCUUACUUGAAAGAUGCAAAAGAAAGGAUAGUUCAAGCAACAGAAGCUGCAGAGAAAAGGGGAAUUCCAAUUGGUUUCAAACUGGUGAGAGGAGCCUAUAUGUCUAGUGAGAGUGCAAUAGCUUCUUCAUUAGGCGUCGCUCCUCCUAUUCAUGGAACCAUUAAGGACACACAUAACUGCUACAAUGAUUGCACUGCAUUUAUGCUGGAGAAGGUUGCCAAAAGAUCGGCAGCGGUCGUUCUCGCCACUCAUAACCUCGAUUCUGGGAGGGUAGCAGCAGCAAAGGCAGAGUCCUUGGGGAUCGGAAAAGGAAACCAAAAGUUGCAAUUUGCUCAGUUAAAAGGAAUGGCUGAUGCUUUGUCCUUUGGAUUAAGAAAUGCAGGAUUCCAAGUAAGCAAGUAUUUGCCCUUUGGGCCUGUAGGAAAGGUCAUGCCUUACCUUCUCAGGAGAGCUGAAGAGAAUAGAGGGCUUCUAUCUGCUUCAACAUUAGACAGACAACUGAUGAGGAAAGAGUUAGAGAGGAGAUUCAAGACUGCAAUUGCGGGAAAUGAGACAGAAAAGAUGAUGACUUCAGUCAGCAAUUAGCCAUCAAGCAUCUUAUUGAUCUAAAUUGU